AAUCAUCUCAACACAGACCUCGUGAAAAAUUUUUAAACAAUCAAUCAAAAUGUUCCGUUUGGUGGUGUUGUCUGCAUUCAUUGCUGUUGCUGCUGCUGCUCCCAGCGUCACGCAUCACGGUCUCGCUACGCACAGCGUCUCCCAUGGUGCCGUCGUCGUUGAUACCUAUCAACCAUCUGUCUUGAAGAAGACCGUCAUCCAAGAGCCCGUUCUCAAGUCCUACGAAAAAACUGUCGUCAAACCCGAAUUGACUGUCGUUGAAGAACCCACUGUUCAUCAUGUUGGCAACGUUGUCAAGAGCUUCCCAACUGCCGUCUCGCAUCAAAGCCAAACGAUUGUACACAGCAAAGCUGACGUUGUUGAGCCCAUCUACCAACACGGACUCAAGAAAACCGUUAUCGAGACCCCAAGAAUCGAGAAACACGUUGUCCAUCAACCCGAAAUCCACACAAAGACUCUCGUUGAAGCCUCUCCAGCUGUCCAUACAUCGUACGUUGCCUCGGCUCCAGCAGUUCACACUUAUUCGGCUCCCUUGACAAAGACUCUUGUUGCUGCCCCCUUGACCAAAACACUCGUUCAUGAAGCUCCAUUGACCUACAGCCAUGGCGUUUACUCACACGGGCUCCCUCUUACCUAUGCUCACUCAGCUCCAGCUGUCCAUGCUUGGUAAAAGACACAAAAGUCUUUCUAGUUUUUAGGACAAGAUGAUGAUGUUUGACUGAAAUUCCUUUUGAUUAUUCCCUUUCGUUGUUUUUUUUUUGUCUGCACAUCCCUUUUGUAAAAUUAUAUUUAAAAUCUGCACUAACAUUUCAAAAAAUUUUUGUUCAAAAAUUGUCAUUAACCUUC